CUGCGCAGUUGGCGUUGCGCACUGGUCGCGAUCAAAAGUAAAAUAAAAUGGCGAGAAAGAAGGUCGGAUUAAAAUUUUGCUCCGAUUCGAUUGAUCAAAAUAAAGUAAUUUUACAUGAAUUGCAAACACAAAAACAGGUCGACGACAGGAGUCCAAAGGAUUUAAAGGAACUUUUUAAUAGUUUAAACACAAAUAAUAUAUCAAAGAAAGCAAAAGACGACGAUAAGUUUGCUGCUUUUACAAAUGUCCGUGAGGCGACUGGGAAUUAUGGACCUAUCGCAGGAUGUCCACCGGGAACCUGGUGGGGAAUUCGUGUUGACUGUUCGAGGCAAGGAGUUCAUAAGCCCUUCAAUUUAGACGUUCACGAUGGUCCCUUUGGAGCAAUUUCAAUCUGUACUCCUCAGAAUACAGAAUCGAAGGACGUCGAUUUAGGAGAGAUUUUAACAAUAACAGGUCGAGAAUACUCAGAAUUGAAUUCAAAUAAUGAAUCUCUCGUUUUGAACUUUCAACGCUGUGUGCCUUUACGUUUGGUACGAAGUUACAGCCUCUUAAAUAAAUAUUCACCAAAAACGGGUUAUCGUUACGAUGGUCUUUAUAUCGUUAUCGCCCAUUGGAUUGGCGAGUCGGAAAACUCAAAGAAGCAUAAAUUUGCUCUUUCACGUGUUCUUCAUCAACAACCACCACCCUGGCUUAAUUCAACCACAAAAACUAUCGAUCGCCUUCCAAAUGUCAAGCAAUUACCAAAGAAAUUGUCCUGCACUCUUCGUAAGCGAUCCUCAAAAUUAAAUAGCCAAACAAGAUUAAAUUCGAGCAAUGACAAGUACAAUACUUGUGAAAAUUCGAACAAAUCAAGCGAAUCGCCAUCAAUUUCCCAAAACGGAAUUGCCAUUCUAACACGACAGGUUUUCAAAAAACCAAACACUGCAUCGACCACACCGCCCGUUUCAAGAUCUGAAUAUUCAGCACAAAAUUACAAACAAGUCGGACAGUCUAAAUUAUUGAAUACAAAUAUUGCCGUUCGCACCGAUUUGUACGAUUCCUUCCACAAUGUCGUUCAACAAGAUGUUAAAAAAUCGUCGAUACUUUGCAGAGUCUACAAAGCAAAUCAAUUGGCGGAAAAAUCGGACGAAACACAAAUCGAAUCAUUAGGCAUCGAAAAAAUCAACACCAACUCCUCGAGAAAUCAAUCAAAAUCUAAUGGUUCAAGAGAAAAUGAGAUUGAAAAACAAACAACAGGCCAAAGAACAUCACCAUUAUCACGUGAAUCAAUCUAUCAAAUCGUCGGUUGUCCACUAAAUGACGAAACAGAGAAAACUAAUUUUUCCCAAAAUGAUAAAAAUUGUCCUCAAAAGCGUAAAUCAGUAGCGAAUUCAACGAGUUCCGAUUCAUCGAAUUCAUUGGAAGCACUGACUCCAGAUAAAAUUUUGAAUUUAGUUGUAAAAGAGAAACGCAAUCCAAUGGCAAAAUUACUGAUAGGAAAUGUUAUCGGUCUAUCAAUUGAGGAAUCAUCAGUGAUAAAGGCGUACAAUGCAUUAAUAUCGAAGGAAAACAAAGAAACUGAACAUAAUGAUAUUUCAAAUGACAAUAAUAGACUGAAAACAUCCUCUAAUUUCAAAAUGAUCUCAAAACGAAUUUUGAGGCACACAAGAAAUGAUGAGAAUCGAAAGAAUUAUUCGAAAAUGGCGAAAAAAAAUCGUGUCUGCAAUGAUACGGGACAAAUAAAUGGUACAAAUUCCAAAUUCAAUGAUGAUCCUGGAGGUUAUUCGAAAUCGGUGAAGAGAACGAAAAUAUCGGAGAAUUCGAAAAUUAAGAAAUCAGCUACUUGCAAGAAGCAGGGACGAGAAAUUGCUAAUCUUGUAAUUGACGCUAAUGUUGGUCCGAUUAUUAGGGGACCGAGAAAUAGACGUUUGAGGUGUCAUAAAAUGAUUGGUAAGGAGACGGAUGGUUUUAUUGGGAAUUCGGGAUUUCAGAAGAGAAGAAGUAUUCUUAAUAAGCCAGUGAAACGUUCGGAAUUAUCGAAACGAAGGAAACGAUUGAAAGCGGGAAUUAAUAAGGCUUGGAAAUUACCAGCGGGAAAUAUUAAUUUGAAUUUGUCGAGAGGAAAGCAGAGGAAAUCUUUGGAGACUGGGAGGAAUUUUCAAGAAAUUCUUACGAGAAACACGGAUGUACAGAGGAUCAAUAUGGAAUCAGUGGAACAUUUGGCGAAAAAAUCAAGGAUGGUCGACGCAGUAUCGCAAUGUUCAUUAUUAAAUGAGCCAGCUAUCAAUUCCUGUUCUCAAAUGAAUGUUGAACAUGAAUAUUCUCCUGAUAUACAUUGCAGUAAUGGACGUCUUUCAAUUACAAAAGUAGAAGAUGUUAUUUUUGAUGAAAUUAAAUCCGAGGAGGUUGUCGAAUUUUCCGACGAUGACGACGAUAAUGAAUCAGUUGAGAGUCAUGAGUUUGUCAAUGGAUUUGAAAGGCCUGAGGAGGAAGUGUAUUCAAAUCAAAAAACUUGUGAUGAAAGAUUAACUGAUCAAGGCUUAGAGUCUGUAUAUAAUAUUUAUCCCUUGAUUCAUCGAGAAUCAGCAUUUGUACCUGUUAAUUCGUCGAGCAGUUUAAAAAUAGCGCGAUUGCGAUCUAUUGGAUUCAGACCAAUUCAAAUGGAGGAUGAGAGUGAAUUCAAUGACAAUCUUAGUAGAAUUAGCGAUGUAGAGGAAAAUUCUGAUUCAAUGACAAAAGAAGCGGAUGAGGAAUAUAAUAAAUAUACUAACGACAGUACAAGUGACGUUGGUUAUAUGGAUGAUGAUCUUCAUUAUGAGGAUAUUGAGAAUGAAGAUACUAGCGAUGUAAGCAAAAGAAAAGAUUAUUCUUCCAAUGAUGAUAAUUGUUUUAGUGAUAAUAAUUUGGAGGAGAGUUUCGAGAGACCUUGGCACGGUUGGAAAAAAGUCUCUUCUAAAAAUGGGGAUCAAUGGAUUGGUUGGUGAAAUUGCAAAUUUUGUUUACUCAUCUUUUUUUUUGAAAAAAAAACAAUAUUGCAAUUUUCUUUUCUUUAGUUUAUUGGGAAAAAAAAUGUAAUACAAGAGAAAGUAUUCAUUUUGUACUUUGAGUGCUGGUCAUUCCCAAAGAUUUGAUUCUUUUUUAGAUUAUUGGAAAAAUUUUUAUUUUAGUCCUCUUUUUUGUAUUUAUAUUAAAAAAAAGUCGAAGAUUGCUUAUUUUGUUUUUGUUUCUUUUUUUUAGUAAUUAAACCACUUUUUCGAUUAGUCGGAUAUUUUGGAUUUAUAUGUUAAUUAACUUCUAUUAUUGAUUUAUUACUUCUUUAAGUGUUUUGAUUAUGACAAAAAAAGUUAAUAUUUAAAAUUCUCUAGCUCUUUAAGAACACUUUAUUUUUAUAUUUUAUUGUAUUUGUCUGAACAAUUAAGUUUAUUUAAUGUACCUAUUGUAUUAAAAUUUGUUUAAAAGUGACAUUUUUAAAGGAAAAUAAUUCCUGCGAAUUUUUGAAAUGUGAAAAAUAUAAUUAAAAUUCGUGGUAGAAUGUCGACAUUAAGUUAUUUAUGAUUAGAGUAAAUUACUUUUUAGUAAAAUUGUGUCACUAUUGUAUUAAAAACAAAAUUGUUUUUUAGAAAAAGAAAAUAAAUUUGUAAAAUUUACGUUUCUUUAAAGAAAUUAAAUUUUAAAAUCAAAAAAUCGAUUUCAUUUUAUUUUUCUUAUUUUUUUCUUUUUUGAAAAAAUGUUGUUGAUAAUAAAUAAUGACAAAAUGUUCGACUUUUAACAUAGUUGUUACUUUUUGAUUAUUAGGAAAAUUAGAUUAAAUGUUUUUCUUUUUUUUUUAUUCAGAAAAUAUGAAAAUUCUAUGUAUAUUUAGAAAAUAGACAUUUUUGUUUUAUAAAUAAAUAAAAGUGUAUAUAACAUUUAAGAAAAAUAUAAUAUAAACAUUUUCUACCUCCUCAUUAAUAAUUUAUGUAUUCAUUGUAUUAAAAUGAUUUAGUAUUCUAUUAGUUUUUCACAAACUUCUAUAUUAUCAGUUUGUAUUGUUUUUAUUUCGCAUCACAAGAGAUGUAAAAUUUUAAUGAGAAGAUAGGAAUUGUAUUUAAUUAAAGACAAUUUUUAGUAAAUUGAUGAUGGUUAAGUUUAGAAAGAAGGGAGUUAUCUAAAUUUAAAAAAAAAGAAUUAAAAAUUUUUUCAAGCAUAGACAUACAUUGAUAAGUUUUGUUUAAGAAGAAUAUAUAUCAGAGGACAUUAAUUUUAAAAGUGAGAGGCUCUUUAAAAAAAAUCUGGGUUUAUUUUAUUAGAAUUAAAAAAAAGAAAUGUUUUAAAAAGUGAUCUCUGUGAUUAGUCAGUAAUAUGUGUAUAUAAUUGUAUAUUAAGGCUUGCGUGACGAGAUAUGUAUUAGUUUUAUUUGAAAAUUCAUUUAUGUAUUAUCGUUGAUGAUUUUUAAAAGUUUACAGUGUCACGCUUAAAUUUUGUACGGCUUAAAAUCUUUAUUGUAUUUUUUUAACAAUGUGCAAUGGUUCAAAUUAUUGCAUUUUAAAUAUAUCAAUAAAUAGAUGUACAUAUAA